GAGAUGCUGACCCUGGCACUGAACUUGAUCGUCACGUUAUGCACGGAGUCCAUAGGCUUCAUGCACAGCAUCUCGUUGCGCUCUGCCCUAGCCUCAGAGUCCCGGCUUAUUUUCAGCACUAAUCUGCGCCUUAUCACAGCAGCUCGUGGAUGGUGCAACCCUAACGGCGCCGUGCUUAACGGUCUCAUGGCUGUCCUCCUCACUAUAUCCUACAGCUCAGCCUCACUCACCAUAUUUCCUCUUCACGAAGCUGGAGCCAUCAUGAUCUCAGGGUUCCCUCUCCUCGUUUUGGGCAUCGGACUUUUUCUGCAGGUGGCAAUCACAUUGGCAGGGAUGCUAUCUGUCAAAAUAUUGACAUGGAGCUCCUCACCUUUCGACGUCACCGCUGCCAUGCUUCACCACACCCAAUUAACUCCAGCUUCUUUCCGGUGCAUGCGUGGCGUAUCCGACCUAGGCGUGGCUGAAGGUCCAACGAAGCCGUCAGAAGCACAGCCCUCUGCGUGGAAUGCUCACACUAGCAUCCGCAAAAUUGUACUUUCACUUUGGGGGCUUGUUGUAGCAUGCGCUGGAUGGGCCGUGUUCGUCAAGUACAAGCAUAACUACAUCCCUAAAAACCCAUCUUGGUCAUUUUUUGACAAGGGCAACAGUUAUGCCUUCACCCAAAAUAUCAUGCCCGUCGAUCAAAUUAUGAGUGCUCAGUUGUGGAUUCUGUCCUUUGUCGACAUAGCAGUUGUCCAGGGGCCACUGACACUUGGGCUGCAUUGCUCGGACCUCAUCGCUAACGUCAUUCAGAAUGAAAGGCAAUGGAGAUGUGCUACAACAAAGAAAGGACUUCGCACGUCGACAAAUCCGCUGAAGGCGUUAUUCACUAAUCCCCUUGGUCUUGGCCUUUUCGUCGUGAAGCCUGUGCUACACUGGAUGUUCGGACUUGCUUUCUCGUUGCGUUUUUGGAUGGACACACUUCCCGGCAUUGAUGUAAUCAACUUCUGCGCAGACAUGCGUAUCUUGAACUUAUGUAUAGCCCUGUUGAUAUUUGCCUGUGUCUUUACUUUCGCCGCACUGCGCCCAUCACACGGCCCUCAGCCAGCCGCAUACGGGCACCUCCAGACGCUCGCCAACCUUGUGGACGAGUGGUCGGAUGAGAUGUGGUGGGGUCACAAGGAGGACGGAGUACCAUAUUGUCAUGCUGGGACGAGCAAUCAUCCGCUGCCGGAUGUAAAGAUGGAGUGCGUCUAUGCUGGUUCUGGUGUCAUGUCUCAUCCAGCCAUCCCGGGAGAAGAAUCCAAUCUUGAAAAGUGAUGGUGCGCACGGCCAGCCACGCCAUCUAAUGAGACAUCUUCGUGCUGUCUGCCGCGCAGAUGUCGUCAUCUCAUAGUAGCCACGCACCGCACUUUCCAGCUGUUACAAUUUUUGCCUUGGCUAUACUUUAGACUGAUCUACUCAGUCAGUGGUCUACAUCUCCAACAUUUCCGGAUACUAUAUAUCUUCCUCACGUCUCCGUCUUUACAUGAUACCCAGUUUUCUCUUUGCUGUAAUACGAGUUACAUUUCUGCAUGACU